UCAUGUGUAAUAAAGAGUGAGCUGAUCUUGUGUACACAAACUCUAAGGAUCAGUGGGUGUUGUUCAUCCCACCUAGCUGUUGAUCUUCUUUAUCUUCCACCUUCUGUCCUGUCAUAAAGAGUGAGCUUUCUCUUUUGCUCAUUCACAAUAAUCAAUUAGAUUCUUGCUUGCCAUAACUUGUUUCAGAAGUGCAGCAAAUUUGUAGGGCAUGGAUAGCAGCACACAGGAGAGUCUGCUCAGCACUGCAGCAGAGGAAAAAAGUGACUUGAAGGGAAGGAUUUGGGAAGAAUCCAAGAAAAUAUGGAGGGUUGCAUUGCCAAGUAUUAUUUCAAGGGUGACUUCAUUCGGAACAAUUGUUGUGACUCAGUUGUUCAUUGGACAUAUAAGUUCGGUGGAUCUUGCAGGAUACGCACUCGUUCAGACCAUAAGUGAGCGUUUCGUGGAUGGAAUAGUGAUUGGAAUGUCGAGUGCAACCGAAACUCUCUGUGGCCAAGCCUUUGGAGCAAAACAGUACCACAUGAUGGGUAUUUUCCUGCAACGAUCGUGGUUGGUUAAUCUAGCCACGGUGACCGUCUUACUUCCCAUUUUCAUCUUUGGAACACCAAUCUUUAAUCUGCUCGGGGAGAAACACAACAUCGCUGAAUCCGCAGGAUGUAUUUCUCUGUGGUUCAUUCUAUUUGUCUAUAGUAUUGCUUUCUCCAUGACAAUCCAAAUGUAUCUGCAAGCACAACAGAAAAACAUGGUCAUCGCGUGGCUAUCAGUUAUGCAGUUUGUGGUCCACAUUCCCUUGUCUUGGAUUUUCGUCUAUGUUCUGGAUUGGGGGACUAAUGGAGCAAUGGCUGCACUAUCCUUAUCUUCAUGGCUUUUAGUUUGUGGAGAAUUUGUCUACAUUUUUGGGGGUUGGUGUGUCGACUCAUGGAAAGGCUUCUCAUUCGCCGCUUUCAAGGACAUAUUUCCAGUAGUGAAACUCUCAAUAUCAUCUGGUCUUAUGGUCUGCUUGGAGUUAUGGUACUAUGCCAUUCUGGUCUUACUGGCUGGAUACAUGAAAAAUGCAGAGGCUUCCAUAUCCGCCUUCUCUAUAUGCCUCAACGUCCUUGCUUGGAUAAUAAUGAUCAGUGUUGGCAUCAUGGGGUCUGCAACGGUACGAGUAGCAAAUGAGCUAGGCAGAGGAGAUGCUGAAGCUACAAAGUUCUCAGUCAAAGUACUAAUAGGCACAUCAGUUAUUAUAGGGCUGCUGUUCUGGAUUCUAUGCUUGGUAUUCGGGAACAAACUUGGAUACUUGUUCACGAACGAAGAGGAAGUGGCGCAGACCGUGUCGGACCUCUCUCUUCUCCUUGCUUUCUCAGUGUUGCUCACUGGCAUAUACCCAGUGCUCUCAGGCGUGGCGGUGGGAGCAGGGUUGCAGACGAAAGCCGCUAUUAUUAACCUUGUUUGCUUCUAUGUGAUUGGACUACCAAGUGGAGCUGUUCUUGGAUACAUAUUUCAACUUCAAGCGAAGGGAAUAUGGCUAGGAAUGAUGAGUGGAGUCGUUGCUGAAACACUUGCACUUAGCUUCAUGGUAUGGAAAACAAACUGGGAUGAAGAGGUAUCCAUAACUUCAGCACGACUCAAACGAUGGUAUCUGGAAUCCUUAAACGAUAGUAAGACUAGUUCCGUUCAUUCUUGACCGUAAACACAUCGCCUUCUGAAAGAUCCCGAUGAGCGUAUCAAUCUUUUAUCGAUGUCAGUAUGUGUCGACUCGAUUUUUUGUCCCAAGGAGACGUUUGUCUCUCCGGUGAUAAUUUUUACAAAAUAAUUUCGAGAAUAAAGUUUCACCAAUAUGAACUUAAAA